GUUAGAAUGUUCCUUGUUGAUGUAGUUCCUCAACUCACCGCUAGGGUGCGUCAGUGUGACACAGCAUUGAAACAAACAAGAUGGCAACACCACCCAGAAAAUCAUCCUCUACAAAUCAACGAUUGACACCAAGAAAAAUCAAUGCUUGUCUGUUUGGGACUGAUGAUUCUGAGAUCGAGGAUUUCAAUGAUGAAGAAAAUGAAGAUAAUGUCCUCAGUGCCAGCACAAGAGAGCAAUCUUUAUUUCAAGCGAAUUGGAGUGACAAUACUGACAGCGACCCUGACUAUCAUCCCUCAACUAGUGACAGCGAUAACGAACCCACAACAUCAACAGCAGUAAAGAAAAAUCAACUAGCCAAAAGGAAGAAAAAUACUAAACUGCAACCACCAAUCAAGAGAACAAAGAACAUACCUACUGCCGAACCAUGGAGAAAAGGCAUUUUUUCUCCUGAUCCUGUGACUCUUCACGAACCUUCGUAUAUACCACUGGACUGUACGAAUUGGAGUAAUGAGAAGUUUGUUGAACUAUAUUAUGAUGAUGAUAUUCUUUUACAAUUUGUGGAGAAAAGCAACCAGACUUAUGUACUUAAGACAGGUAAAAGUUUGAACUUAUCUUUGAGAGAAUUCAAAGUUUGGUUGGGAGUAAAUUUUGUAAUGUCAUCCCUACAGUUGCCCCAAAUACGUAUGUAUUGGGACAAGGAAUGGAGAGUUGCUGUAGUUGCUGAUCAUAUGUCUAGGGACAGGUUUUUUUCAAAUAAGAAAUUCACUAAAAAUUGUCUUUGAUGAUGACAUUAAUGAAGAGCAAAGGAAAGCCGAUAGGCUAUGGAAAAUAAGACCACUGAUUGACCGUGUUUUGU